AGAGGAAAAAAUACAAAAGAAAAACAAUAAGGGUCAGGGCUUCCCUUGCCAGAGCAGAGAGAGGGAAGGAGACGCUGAGAGAGAGAGAGAGAGGGAGAGAGGGAGAAGGAGACGUUGGGUCAGAGCAGGUAGGUGCACUUUCAAUGCAGCUGCGUUUCCACCACCCUCUCCCAAAUUCGAAAUGGAUAGCCGUUGCCGGUAACAAAGUAACCUGUGACUUGAAAAACACCUAAUUCCUCUGUUACAUUUCUUGCAAUCUUACCUGAUAGAAAGUUACAGGUCGAGACUUUGUUACCUGUAACAUUUCUCCCCCAAACACAAACCGUAAGAAAGUCACCUGUAACUUUCUCACAUUUUACACAAGUUACAGGCAUCCAAACGGCCCCUUAGGGUUUUUGUGUUACAAAAAAAAAACAGAGGGGAAGGCAAACCCUAACGGACGGGGCUGACGGGCUUUCGGACAACUACCUCCAUUCUCGGCCCGUUUUGAAACGGGCUUUAUUUCCAAGCGGGCCUGUACUCCAGCCCAAUCCCGAUCUAACGGGCCCGGAAACCGAGGCCCAACCUGGCCCAUUGACACCCCUAGAAGAAACCCAUACAUCUUCUAUCGCAGGGGAGAAAACCAUACCCCCAAACCCAUGUCUCCGUACGAUCCCACAAAACCUCAAUCCGUCCUCCGCGUCGCACUCAUCUCCCGCGUCCUCCUCGUCUUCCUGAUUGCCACGUGGCGGUCCCUCGCUCCCCCCUACGACACCUCCGCCUCCUUAAACCCCACCUGCCUCGCCUCCCCCAGGCCCACCACCACCGCUCCCGGAUCCGUACCCCUCCAACGCGUCGGAUCGGCCAUCGAAGACAGCAUCGUAUGGGACGGUGUGUAUUUCGUACGUAUAGCGGAGUGUGGAUACGAAUACGAGCAGACGUAUGCGUUUUUACCGCUCCUGCCCUUCUGCAUUCGGGCGUUGUCUAGAACCGUUUUCGCUCCGCUGGUUCCGAUUCUCGGAUACAGAGCUGUGUUAGGCUUAUCAGGUUAUGUACUCAACAAUGUCGCAUUUUUGUUUGCGGCGGUUUAUUUCUACAAGCUUUCAGUUCUUAUUCUAAAGGACACUGACGCUGCCUUCCGAGCAUCUGUUUUAUUUUGCUUCAAUCCUGCUUCCAUAUUCUAUUCAUCAUUGUAUUCAGAGAGUCUGUAUUCCCUAUUUUCACUCGGAGGACUUUACCACUUACUUUCUGGUGCUAAUACUAUCGCCGUCCUCCUGCUUGCAGUGUCUGGUUCUGCAAGGUCGAAUGGGGUGCUUAAUGCUGGCUAUUUCUGUUUUCAGGGAAUGCAUCAGGCUUAUGAUGCUAUCUUACGGAAAAAAAGUCCUAGUUUGGCAGUGAAGGCAAUUGUUGUGGCGGCUAUGCGAACCCUCUUUAUCUUUGCCCCCUUCAUUGGUUUUCAAGCUUAUGCAUAUUUCAAUAUUUGUCGUGGAAGCUUAUCGGAAGAGUUGAGGCCUUGGUGCAAAGCAAGAGUGCCAUUACUAUAUGAUUUUCUUCAAAGUCAUUAUUGGGGGGUGGGUUUUUUGAGAUAUUUCCAGCUGAAACAGCUACCUAACUUUCUCCUUGCCUCUCCAAUAUUGUCUCUGGCGGUUUGCUCAAUCAUCCAUUAUGGAAAAUUACGGCCGGACAUUGUGUUCUCUUUGGGUAUCCGAGCUUCUCCCGAGGAAAGAAAUUCUAGCGCAGUGCUCUAUUUGUUGGGUACAGACCAAAGACUAAAGAGUUCUCAGGUUUCAGUGAAGAGCUCUUCUUCUAAAUCCUUAAGAGAGGAUCUCACAGUUAGACGGAGGAAACAAAAGACUGGAGAAGAGGAUUCAGAUUCCAACCAGGAUGCCCUGCAAUCAGAUUAUGAAGCAUCUUCUCCUGCAAAGCAAGGAUAUGCUUCCAUAUUAGUUCUUCCAUUUGUUCUACACAUGGGAUUCAUGACUGCAGUGGCAUUUUUUGUUAUGUAUGUACAGGUCGCGACCCGCUUCUUGUCUGCCAGUCCUCCCCUGUACUGGUUCGCUGCAUAUCUAACGGCAUCUCCCAGCAACAGCAGGAGUUGGGGUUACUUCAUAGGGGCAUAUUUUGCAGCUUAUAUUCUUCUUGGCAGUUUGCUCUUCUCAAACUUCUAUCCUUUCACCUGAGAACCUGCCCUACCCGUUCUCUUCCAAGAUCUGUAUUCUAACAGAUGGUUGGACCUGGCAACUGUCCCAAAAUUCAAAGUUCUUGAACAUGGUUGUUUCCUCCAAUCUUUCAUGGACAUUGCAGGUAUAAAUGUGUAGCGGACGAAGAAAACAUCUUUGCUGGGGAUGGCAAAGGUUACAAUGGAAAGUGGAGAUGGACGAGGAAAUUGAGAAUCGUCUAAAUGAUGAGAAGACAGAUAUCUGUAAGUUCCUAGAGUUGAUCUUAUGAACUAGUAGUAUGUAGCUGGCAAUCUGA